AUGGAACGCUUCCAGGAACUCGACAAGGAGCGCGCCGCGAUUGACGCGGAGAUCCAACUGAUCGUGGAAGAGCUGACGGCCGGACCCAACCCCAUCGGUCUGAAGGGACCUCUCGUGGAUGACGAAGGUUUCCCUCGCUCGGACAUCGACGUGUACACUGUGCGCCACAAGCGACAUCGCUUUGCCUGCCUCCAAAACGACCUCAAGUGGAAGAUGCAGGAGAUUGAAGACGUCAUGACGAGCAUUUACGCGGAGAAGAAAGCUCAGCAACCCCCGCCCCCUCCGAAACAACCGACUAUUCCCGCAGGUCCAUCCGCUCACAGCAAGCUCCAUGCCGCCGAUGUCGUAUCCGACUCUACAGUCCCCGUCAAAUUGGAAGGAAAUGCAGUGGUCUUAUCCGUUCCAUUUGCCCGAGUGGAAUCAAUCCAAGAUGGUACAUAUCUAUCUCUUCAUCGCAUCCCUUACAUGCUCUCGCAGGUUCCCCCUCGAGCGAAGCAGGAUUGCAAGUGGGCGACCUCGUUCUCGAAUUUGGAACCGCGACGGCCGACAAUCACCGCGAAUUAGCGGCGAUCCGAGAGAUUGUCAUGCGCAACCUCGACGCGCCGAUUGAAGUCGUGGUCCAGCGACGGGGGACCGCCGACCAAUUCCGGCUCUCCCUUGUUCCGCAUUCUUGGAUCGGUCAAGGCGUGUUGGGGUGUCACAUCGUGCCCUUGCAUGUUUAAUCCCCACUGCUUUAUUCAUGUCGCUUCGAGUCCUCCACAUCUUGCGCAUCGCAACCUUCAAGUGUAACUGUAUCAGGAAAAUACGCUUCUCUGAUUGGUGGGAUUCUGCAGAGUGUGUGUAAACCAGCCAAUCAAAUAGUACGUUGCAUUGAACGCUGG